GAGAGCCGUAAAGAGUGUAUCGCACGCGAGGGCUUAGACACAGCAUAUUGUGUUUGUAAUAUCACUCAUUGCGAUGAAUUGGAUCCAGUGGUGAGACAACCGGCGGGAAAAGUGCUGGUCUUUGAGACUAACAAAAGGGGUGAUCGACUCAAACAACGGGAACUCAAAGUUUCGCAACAAAACACACAGACAUCUGAAGACAGUAUUGUUUUAACAAUUGAUAAAAAUACAAAAUAUCAGAAAAUCAUUGGUUUUGGAGCCGCUUUCACUGACGCGAGUGGUCUUAAUCUGAAGACAUUGUCGCCAGAGUUGGCCCAACAGGUGAUCAAUGACUACUUCUCGGCCAAUGGUAUUGAGAUGAGUAUGGGUCGGGUGCCGAUCGCCGGCGCCGACUUCAGUCCGCGUCCGUACACUUAUAACGACCAAAAGGACGACUUCGAGCUCAAGUCAUUUCAACUACAGAAAGAGGACUUUGAUUACAAAAUUCCGUAUAUUAAAUUAGCCAGAAGUGUGAGUCCACACAAACUAACCCUAUUUGCCAGCCCAUGGGCUGCGCCCGCGUGGAUGAAAACCAGCGGUCAUAUCAAUAUGGGUGGUUUUAUUAUCGGCAAACCUGGUGAAAAGUAUUACAAAACGUGGGCUAAUUAUUUUGUUAAAUUUUUAGACGCGUACAAAUCAAAUGGUAUUGAGUUCUGGGGUCUGACCGUUGAGAACGAACCGGCGGCCGGAUAUCAACCGAAAUAUGGGUUCAAUUGUUUGGGCUUUAAUUCAACACUAGAGCGGGAUUUUGUGAAACUAGAUUUGGGUCCAGCACUGAGUCGGGGCGGGUAUGGGAGCGAUAAACUCAAUCUUAUGGUAUACGACGACGGGUUAUAUAAGGACCGAAUUGUCGAUUGGGCCGACACUUGCCUUAAUGAUAAGGACACCGCUAAAUAUAUUAAUGGCAUUGCUUAUCACUGUUAUGGCAACAAUGGUCUGUGGCCUGUAUUAGACAUAGUUCAUGAACGCCACCCUGAUCAUUUUGUUAUAUCCAGCGAAUGUUGCCAGGAGUUUAAGAUAUAUCCGCCCGGGACUGUCAUGAAUAUAAGUGUUUGGUCCCAUUCAGAGACAUACGCCAGAGAUAUCAUGAAUAAUUUAAUUCAUUGGACUCGUGGUUGGGUUGAGUGGAAUCUAGUGCUCGAUAUGUAUGGUCAGCCAAAUUGGGCUAAAUUCUCGUCUGAGGCCCCGAUUCUGGUCAACUCUACGGCUAAAGAGUAUUAUAAAGACUCGAAAUUCUAUAUUUUGGGUCAAUUCUCCAAAUUCUUAUCACCAGAUUCUGUGAGGGUUUCACUAAAAGAGGAUAAAACUGUCAAUAAUUUCCAAUCCGUGGCUUUUGUCAGACCCGACGGCGCGACUGUUGUUAUCGUCACUAAUCUAAGGGAUAAUCCGACAAAUAUUGUCAUUAAAGACCAAAGUGUGGGACAAAUCAACACUAGAAUAGAGGCCCGUUCUGUACAGACAUAUAUUUACUGGAAU